UUCGGAACGGCAGUGGUUGAAGAAACAAUGCAAGAAAGUAAAGUUUGCGAUGAAAUUAAUGCACCACCACUUGCAACUGGGAAAGAAAUUACUUGAACCGCUUCGUUGUUUCGGUCGUUGGAAGCAGUGAUGAUUACUGCCAACUCUUCUCAUGGUCAAGGAUAGUUAUUAUUAACACUUUAUUGAUGGAGUGUGUAGAAAUGUACCGUAGAUGUACAUUGUGUUACCAAUCGAGUGGAGAGACCCAUGGCUUGCGAUUCUGUUAACGUUUCACAUUGCCGUCACCAUGACAGCCGUUAUGACGAGGAAUCAUGCAAAUUUUCAAAUCAUUCUUUUCCUUGCUCUCUUACUCUUGGUCUACUUCUCGGAGACGAUCAAUGAAGUUGCAGCCACAAAUUGGAUGGUCUUCUCGAGGCAGCAGUAUUUCGAUUCAAAGGGGCUAUUCAUAUCGGUCGUCUUUUCGGUGCCAAUUUUAAUCAACUGCAUGAUUAUGGUGGCAAGUUGGCUAUAUCAGUCGAGCCAGUUAAUGACCAGCUUGAAGAAAGCCCAGCUCCGAGAGCAGGCAAAGAACAGAAAACUGGAAGGAGAAGCGAACAGUGCCAACGGCAAGUCUAACAGGCAAAAGCAGGAAUAAUGGAUGAAUUUCAUGGAAUCUAGUCACUGCGAAUUUGAUAUACGUUUCAUAAACGCAUAAUCGUCAUUUGCUGAUCUUGAGGCGACCAGCUGCGAUUGUCCUUCGUAGCCGAAAAGGAGACUCCGGCGACUCGUCGGAAUACAAAGUCUAGCUUCCGGGAGCGGCCUAUUUAUGGAUGAACCUUGUAUAUUCAGCCUGUACAUUCAAUCUGCGGCGACAAUUAACACGGAGAGACCGACGGGGCUUUGGAUCGCAGUUGCAGAUCCCGUAGCACUAAGCAUUGUAUAUUUUUUUUACCGGAUGCGCAGCUUUGCGGUACGGAAGCUAAAGGGGUUUACAAUGAAAGAAAGGCGCGGAAAAAUGAUCUGAUUAGGCAUUACGACAAUACGGCCCGUUUACCACUCUGGCUCUUGUAACGUUUAAUUCCCUGAGUGACCUCGCACUCGGAAGAACUCGGUCUUGCCUUUAUUUAGAGUCUGACGACACGGAUUGCCUUCCCCGAAAAGAAUUUUGAUUCGUCAGCAACUCCAAGAUUGUCAUUUGUUAAACAUUCCUGCGGCUUUCUUUCUCGCUCUCGUUUAAAGCCUCGUCCUUGACUUAACGAGAGCGGGCGACCGUAACGAUUAAGUACUUAUGCGACCAUGUUCCUUCGUAUGUAUUGCGAACCUGUAAUUUGAAGGGCUUCGAGAUCCGACCUAGUCUGAUUGCGACAUCGGAUCAAAGAAGUCUUACGACCGACCGGUUCGCCUGGCGUCGCAAUAUCGCUUACACCUCAUUCAAAUAUUUACAUUAUUGCGUUAAAUCUAGGCGCGUCGUCUUGCCGGCUUUUAACACUAACCGCGCGAUAAAAGUAUACACGUGUCUAAUGCGUUUGACCCGUACUCUUUAUUUUUUUUUCUUUUCAUGCGGAGUGGUCCGAAGCAGCCGAUUCUUUUUGUGUCGGUGCAUUCCUAAACCUCUCCUCGAACGAUUGAAAAAUAUUGAGAAGGAAAUCCUGCCUCGAUUAAACUCUUUACUCGGAAGUAAGUGCACCAUCGAGUGCCAAGAGAUGUGCGUUUAGGAAUGUACUGGUUAAUCCGAAAACGCGGCUCCGAAUUACCUCUGUACGUUGUAGCGAUAAAGUAUUCCCGUACGAAAUCAAAAGGUAACUCGUGUCCCGACUUUGCAUGCAGAACGUAUUUUAGGUCCUCGUUUAUGUAAAGAGUGACUGUUCUUACGUUCCUCAAUUUGGCGGGGUCAGGUAAACAUCUCGACUCGGCUCAACAUUUGCAACUAAAUGGCCGAUUCUCGUGAAAUCUCUGAGAGGUAUAUACGCUGGCUAGGCCGAUUUAAAUUGUAGAUUUUACUUGACAUUUCAUCACGACGUCGUCUCGGCUCGAUUUCAUGGAGAUCGGACAUUUCAUAACGAGGGUCUACUCGCCUCGAUGCAGAAUUAUUUCUAACUAAUGCUUCUAAGUAUCUUACAUAUAUCUUACUCAUCUCGAGGGGCGAACUUGUAAUUCGACAUGUUAACUAUGGGAUUUAAUAUCGAAGAUAGUCGCCCAAAGGACAUGUUAACGUUGCCUAGUUAAUGUCGGAGCCGUUUCCAAUUGAGCGUAUCAAUUACAUCACCGCGAGCUGCAUUUCUUCCUCCGAUGCGCGACAUCUUAGGUAGUUAUCGGAAAAGAGGGUGCAGGAUAGAUAUUUAUUUCGUCCCGUUAUUUCCCGGCCCUGGAACGUUGUGUUUCUAAUUUUAAGCACGCGUUUGUGUACAGUUAAAUAAAUGACGGAUUUGAACGUGA